AUGUCCAAGUCACAGGAACAAGGCCCCGUUGUGCCCUUCGCCGAGCCAACUUGGUACACCCGCGUCAGUCCUUACUAUAAUGCUUCGCACGAGCGGCUUCGCGAUGCGGUUCGAGCGUACGUCGCCGAGAAGGUAACGCCCAAUUGUGCAGAAUGGGAAGCUCAAGGCUUCGUUCCUAAAGAGGUGUUGCAAGAACAUUCCCGACAAGGUUACACGGCCGUGACAAUCAAUCCAGCUGCAAUAUCCCAAUACAUCGGCGACGUCAAGCUUCCAGGCGGUCUCAAGCCCCAGGAAUGGGAUGGCUUCCACGAUUUGAUUUGCAUCGACGAGAUUGCCCGCUGUGGAUAUUUGGGCGUCAUAUGGGCUCUUGGGUGUGGCGACUCAAUUGGGUGUCCGCCAGUCGUCAAUUUCGGCUCUGAUUCGCAAAAGCAAAGAUUCAUCCCUUCUGUGAUUACUGGGCAGAGUCGCUUCUGUCUCGGUGUCACAGAGCCUGACGCAGGCUCCGAUGUAGCAAACAUCACUACUACUGCAGAGAGGCGAGGAGACCAUUACAUCGUGAACGGCGCCAAGAAGUGGAUCACAAAUGGGAUGUGGGCUGAUUACUGUACCACGGCUGUACGCACUGGAGGACCAGGAAAGAAGGGCAUCUCAGCUUUGGUCAUACCUUUGGCCGCAAAAGGGGUGACAAGACGAAAGAUUUACAAUUCAGGAGUGUCUGCAAGUGGCUCAACCUACCUGGAGUUUGACGACGUAGACGUACCCACCUCCAAUCUGCUCGGAGAGGAGAAUCAAGGAUUUAAGAUUAUAAUGUCCAACUUCAAUCACGAGAGACUUUGGCUCGCUUGCACAAGUCUUAGAUUGGCACGCGAGUGUGUCACAGACGCAUACAAGCACGCUCUCACCCGCAUCACGUUUGGCAAGCCACUCAUAGAACACCAAGCCAUCCGGACCAAGUUCUCUACCAUUGGAACUCGUAUCUUGCCUGCAUAUGCAUUUAUGGAAUCACUUGUGGCCAUGUCCAACUCACAUGCCCGCGGACCCGCAUCUUCCACUUCCGUAGGCAGCAAACAAGAACCGAGAUUCGGAGGCUUGAUUGCCAUCCUGAAAGUCGUUGCAGGUAGAACCCUGGAGGAGACAGUGAGAGAGAUGCAGCAGGUGAUGGGUGGACUGGGUUAUUCGAGGACGGGGAAGGGGGCGAGGAUUGAGCAGAUUAGUAGGGAUGUGCGGGUGAUGGUUGUGGGGGGCGGCAGCGAGGAGAUUUUGAGUGAGUUGGCAUUCGUGCAGGAAAAGAGAGAUUUGGAAGAGAUUGAGAACGAGAAAACUGUUCGUAGCAGAUUGUAG